AUAGCGGCCGCACGAUGACCACGCUGGCCGGCGCGGUGCCCAGGAUGAUGCGGCCCGGCCCCGGCCAGAACUACCCGCGCAGCGGCUUCCCGCUGGAAGUGUCCACUCCUCUGGGCCAGGGCCGCGUCAAUCAGCUCGGCGGCGUUUUCAUCAACGGCAGGCCGCUGCCCAACCACAUCCGCCACAAGAUCGUGGAGAUGGCCCACCACGGCAUCCGGCCCUGCGUCAUCUCCCGCCAGCUGCGCGUGUCCCACGGCUGCGUCUCUAAGAUCCUGUGCAGGUACCAGGAGACGGGGUCCAUCCGGCCCGGGGCCAUCGGCGGCAGCAAGCCCAAGCAGGUGACAACGCCUGAUGUGGAGAAGAAAAUCGAGGAGUACAAACGAGAGAACCCCGGCAUGUUCAGCUGGGAGAUUCGAGACAAAUUACUCAAGGAUGCAGUCUGUGACCGCAACACGGUUCCCUCAGUGAGCUCCAUCAGCCGCAUUCUGAGGAGUAAAUUCGGGAAAGGCGAAGAGGAGGAGGCAGAUCUGGAGAGGAAGGAGGCAGAGGAGAGCGAGAAGAAGGCGAAACACAGCAUCGACGGCAUUCUGAGCGAGAGAGCCUCAGCGCCCCAGUCAGAUGAAGGCUCCGACAUCGAUUCUGAACCCGACUUACCGCUGAAGAGGAAGCAGCGCCGGAGUCGAACCACCUUCACGGCAGAGCAACUUGAAGAACUGGAGCGAGCUUUUGAGAGAACCCACUACCCUGACAUCUAUACCAGGGAGGAGCUGGCCCAGCGGGCGAAGCUCACCGAGGCCCGGGUCCAGGUCUGGUUUAGCAACCGCCGUGCAAGAUGGAGGAAGCAAGCUGGGGCCAAUCAACUGAUGGCUUUCAACCAUCUCAUUCCCGGAGGAUUCCCCCCCACUGCCAUGCCGACUCUGCCAACAUACCAGCUGUCGGAGACCUCUUACCAGCCCACGUCGAUUCCACAAGCCGUGUCGGAUCCCAGCAGCACCGUCCACAGACCUCAGCCACUUCCUCCGAGCACUGUCCACCAAAGCACCCUUCCUUCCAACCCGGAGGGCAGCUCUGCCUACUGCCUGCCCAGCACCAGGCACGGAUUUUCCAGCUAUACGGACAGCUUUGUACCUCCGUCCGGGCCCUCCAACCCCAUGAACCCCGCCAUUGGCAAUGGCCUUUCACCUCAGGUAAUGGGACUUCUGACCAACCACGGAGGGGUACCUCAUCAGCCGCAGACCGAUUAUGCGCUGUCUCCUCUCACGGGAGGCCUGGAACCUACCACCACGGUGUCGGCCAGCUGCAGUCAGAGACUAGACCAUAUGAAGAGCUUGGACAGUCUACCAACAUCUCAGUCCUACUGUCCCCCCACAUAUAGCACCACGGGCUACAGUAUGGACCCCGUCACAGGCUACCAGUAUGGGCAAUAUGGACAAAGUGCCUUUCAUUAUCUCAAGCCAGAUAUUGCGUAAGUGAACUGUCCACUUGGAGCUAUCACGGGCCCUGUCUCUGGUCU